CCUUCAAACGAAUAUAGGAAAUGUUGAUAUCUGUUUUGUUUUGUUAUUGUAUUGUUAUACAUGAAGGAAUACUUGAAUUAUAUGUUAAUUUGACGAAAACUUUGAGUGGAAAUGACCUGUCAUUUUCCUGAAGGCUCUGUUAUCCUUUUGUUAUUAAAAAGUACGACGGAAAGAUAGGUGCAAAAAGGGUCGAACCAAAGAGAUAGAGGAUUGUCUUUCAACACAUUCUCAAAAACGAGGGCAAACGAAGAACAACAAAACUCACGUGAGGUGCUUUCAAAAUGAGUGAAAAAUGGAGAAAGAGCUGUAUUUCUCCUGGAAUUUUUUUGCCAUAUACACUUAAUUAUUUUAAUCAUUUCUACAUUUUCAUUCAUGUCAAUUUUCGUGAACCUUUGGAGAGAGGUAACUAAUGAUGAUAAAUUGAAAUUUUACAUUGCAACAUGAAUAUGCAAUACAACUUGCAUUAGCAUUUGAUGUCAAAAAGAUCUCAGUGCUUACACGGUUAAUUCCUAUCAUGUCUGCAUUAUCGCGUAAGAUAAAGCGCUAAUUAAGCGGGUUCAUAUUAUCAAACUGACCACCUGCUCAAGUCAUCAAGGUAAAUGUUACUUUCGACACGUUCGGAACCUAACAACAAAAGAUUAACACCGGACAAGCUAUUAAAGCUUCAGGGCAAUUUGCAUAAGGAUUAGGUUCCAUUGUCAAAGGCACUAAUAGCAUCGCUGUCUCCCACUGACAUUUUAGCGAACCGUCACGAAUAUAAUCGUGCUGCCUUCUACUCACUUAGUGAAACAAAUUGCAAGGAUUCUAUCCAACAAGACACAAAACUUUUCUCUUGCACGAUGUUUUUCCCCUUCAUUUGAUUCAAAAGGCCUUAGGGAAUGAGUAAUUCAUACGACAUCCCGCCUCGCAUGACAAGAAAACAAACAUGAAAACUCGUUUUCUUGUUUCCAAUUGGUGAGGAGAACAUUUCCAUGCGCGUUUAUUCAAACAGGCCAACUUUCUCGCAGGGCUGUAUUUGUUCUUAAUGACGCAGGAGCUCUUAUAUCCGUUUCUUAAUAUUUCCCAACUGGACCUCAGAAUUUACACUUUGAAUCUAGAAAAAAGGAGAAAAAAAUCACACACCCUGAAGGUAAUUAAACAAGAACAAGAAGCUUAAGAGUGAAUCUUUUUUACUGUCCUUGUUAUUAAAAAAAAAUUACAAAUGAUAUUCAUAUGAAGUGAUGUAGAGUCGUGUUUGAAGGCAGUUCAAAUAGAAUCUGCAAAUAAACUGUACAUUGGGAACUUCUGAUUUGCAGUUUCUCGCGCUUGAAAUAUUUGAAUAACUGCUCCUUGUUACGAUGCUGUAAAUGUCGGAUCAAUGUGAAAUGCUUUUCGGCUUUAAUAGAUGUUAUUAGUCGAGCCGGUUAAAAUCGUGCAGAGAUUAUUCAUGCCCCUUGGCGAUAGUUUUGUUUAAUCAUUUUUCACGUCACUCAUACUCAUCGUCGAUUUUCUUGAAGCAUAUUUUGAAACUCUUGGUUUGGCUUGUGUGAAAUAGUGCUCAUCUAUGUUGGAGGCACGCUACGAAUCGCCAUCGCUGUCUCAGGUUCCCUGAGUCGACGUGCCGUAAGAGCCGUUUUACCUUGUGGCUAGCGCAACCUAAAACAAGAAACGACGUAACAGGAUAAAAUAUACUUGGCAUACAAUGAAGCUUUUUUUGUUUGUCUUCUGUAUUCUGGUAACCACUUCGAGCAAAGGACAUUCAGCUGGAGUUAACCAUGUUCAACACUGCGAGAAUCCGAGAAGGAUCUCCAACCUUGAGGCUGAUUUGAUUCUUGGUGGGUUGUUUCCUGUUCAUGUUAUGCAACCGACGGGUAAUGGGACACAACAAGAAUACGAUAUCAAUUUUUACGGAGUUAACUGGGUCGAAGCAAUGUUGUUUACUAUUAAUGAAAUCAACCACGAUCCCCGCUUCUUCCCACUGAAUUUUACUUUGGGCUAUGACAUUAAAGAUUCAUGCAACGAUGUGCCUGUGGCAUUGAAAGCUACCCUCGACUUUAUUCUCGAUGCUGGAAAUACGACUAUCGACAAAAUUAUCACCAAGAAUUGCUCUACUCGGUAUUGUAAAUGUACUGACAAGCAGACACUUAUAUCUGCAGUAAUUGGAGCGGCCUCAUCGCCGAUAUCCACUAACGUAGCAAAUCUUCUAGGAGUAGACAAUACACCUCAAAUUAGCUACUCCUCUACAAGCGUUCUUCUCAGUGAUAAGACUGUGUAUCAUUCUUUCUUUAGGACGAUACCAUCCGAUACGUAUCAGGCUCAAGCCCUUGCUGAUUUGCUGAAACAGUUUGGUUGGACGUAUGUGUCUAUCGUUGCAUCUGAUAACGCUUACGGGCGCGCAGGGCUAGACUCCUUGCGAUCAGAACUUAAAAAGAAGAACAUCUGCAUCGCUCUGGAGGAAGUUUUUAAUCCCUCGCUGCCCCAAAAUGAACUAAGUCGCAUUAUCAAGUCUCUUAAGAGCACGCCACGCGUUAGAGUGAUCAUUUUAUGGUGCGAAAGGCCGAAUGCGCUAGGGUUCUUAAACGAAGCGUCCCGUAAAAGGUUGAAGGGCAAAACUUGGAUUGGAACGGAAACCUGGGGAGACGCGUGGCAGCUGGAAUCAUUGGAUGAAAACGUCGUAGGAGGGAUGCUUGGAGUGUUGCCAUUGCUGAAAAAGCAUACAGCAUAUGAAGAACAUCUGAAGAGUCUAAAUCCAAACAAUACCGAUCAUAAUCCGUGGAUGUGGGAAUACUGGACAAAAAAAUUUAACUGUAGCUGGGACACGGAAGGUUUAAUGAACAGUACUUACAGCCGUGUCCAUGUAAGAGAGAGAGAAUUGUACGUUUACAAGACCAAGCAUCCAAAUAUGACUAUAAUCUGUCCAAAAUACCCACAGGCUGGUCCUCCAACUGGUGAUCUACUGCCCCGGAAUAAAUACACAAAUGUUAUGGACGCUGUUUACGCAGUCGCUCAUGCUGUGAAAAAUAUUUUGGAUUGCAAGGAUAGAGGCAGUUUUCUUCUGGAUGCACGUGAAAAAUGCCUUUCUGUUGAUGAAAUAACACCGAAUGACAUCCUGAAAUUCCUAAAAAACGUGUCCUUCGAGGGAAGGUCUGGCUCACAAAUCAUGUUUGAUGAAAAAGGGGAUCUGCGUUACGGAUCAUACGCAAUUAAAAACCUCCAACGGUCUGGCAAUAACGAAAUGAAAUUUGUUGAGAUAGGUAAUUGGAGUGGAAUUGAUGGUAAACUUUCACUCAGUAACAACUCUAAGAUCAUGUGGAAUGGUUGGAGUGCAGAACAACCAAUCUCAACUUGUUCAGAUGAGUGUCGUGCUGGGUUUUAUCCGGUCAAAGAAAGUGUGAGAUGCUGUUGGAAGUGCGUUGAAUGCGAGACUGAUUUUAUAAAGCCUAAGGCUGGACAGGACAAAUGUAGGAAAUGCCCAAAUGGUUACGUCUCCAACGCGCCGAGGACCAAAUGCGUGAAACUGAAAUCUGACUUCCUCUCCUGGGGCGAUGGUGAAGGGAUUAGUGCAGCCAUACUCGCUGUUAUUGGAGUUUUUAUAUCUGUCAGUGUCUUGGCAGUUUUUUACAAGUAUCGCAACACAGCUGUGGUAAAAGCAUCCAAUCGAGAGCUCUCGUUCGUGCACUUGGGAUGCAUCGUAGCUAUUUUCGCUCUACCGUUGGUGACAAUUGGUAAACCAACAGUAGCUGGCUGCACAGCAUUUCCAUUCUCCUUUGCAAUUCCUUUGACCCUCUGUACUUCCAUAAUGCUGUUAAAGACAGACAGACUCCUGCGCAUAUUUCAAGCCAGGUCUCGGCUGACCGCUUCAAGCAGCUAUCUCAUCAGCAAUAAGAUGCAGGUGAUCGUUGCGGUCAUAAUGACUUUAGUUCCAGUUAUUCUGACAACGAUUUGGCUGAUUGUUGAUCCACCCAAUGUCAUGAUUAAGGUUGACAACUCAAGAGAAGGAUGGCAAAUAAUUAGCUGCGACGAAUCUCACGAACUCUUAAACAUUGUUAUUCUGGCGUACGUUUUGAUUAUUGCCCUGCUAUGCACUUACUUUGCUUUUAAAGCCCGUAAGCUUCCUGAAAAUUUCAACGAAGCAAAAUUCAUCUGUUUCGCCAUGUUUGCGUUUUGUAUUUUCUGGCUGAGUUUUUUCCCCGCCUAUUAUGACAGCACAGGCUCGACGCGCAAUUUCGUGUUUUGUUUAGGAAUUCUUAGUUCAGGCUAUGCUGUUCUGUGCAUCAUGUACGUUCCAAAACUUCGCGUGAUUCUCUUUCAUCCUGAAGACAACACUACUGAGGCAUUCAGGGCAACAACUAUGGUGGCCAUGAAGAAAGCAGGGGUAGUUGUUUCUUCCAAUAGUGGGACGCCUCCCCGAAUAACACCACUUCCUUCCCCUGUACCUUCAAGGCGUAAUUCUCUCGACUUAGUUGUUACAAAUGAAGGAAGAACUUCUGCAGUGAGCAUUGGUCGGACGAUUUUACCAUCAUUGACUCAGUAAGGUCACAGUUAGUUUUUAAUGAACAAUGCUCAUUGUUCCUUCCCCUCUACCCUCAAGGCGUAAUUUUUCCCGAACCGGUUGUGACGAAUGAAGGGAUGACUUCUGCAGUGAGCGUUGGUCGUACGAUUUUACAAUCAUUGCCUCAGUUAGGUCAAAAUUAGUGUUUAUAUUUAACAAUGCUCAUUCUCUUGUUAAACUUACGACAGUACAUUGGGUGGACUAUUGCCAUAACAAUCUUGAUUUCAUGGCUUGACAAGAAUGAACAUAAUUUGAUUACUGGGAGUGAAAUCCAUAAAGAGAGCAAUAAAUCUUCGGCUGGCUUUGAUUUUUCUCUAAAUCUCUUCUCCUUAUGUGAUAUCCUAAUGACUCUGGUUUCGUAAGACGGAGUGAAUAAUUUUCAUAAUCGUUUGAUGUUAGACAUUUGCACUUGAUUUAAUAAGUAAUACACAGACCUUUUACCCUAAGUAGUAUAUCUAAUCAGCUUAAUUAAUGUAUCAUGUUUUCAGGUGGAACUAUCAUAGAUAAUUUUAGAAAGAGAAAAAGGCUGUGCAGUGUAACAUCUGAUCGCUUUCUAAUUAUUUUUGGAAUUAGUAUUUAGCUAAUAAUUUUUGUUUUGUUGUCUCAUACUUCCUCGUUAAUAUUUUUAAUUAGUUUGUCAUCGUUUUGUCAUCAGUUACACCUUCACUUUCGUACGGUUGCAUACCGAGCGUAGUUAUGCAUUCCCCUUGUGUAAAACCCGGUUUCCUUCUCAGCUUAGUUUAAGCUAGAGUUGCGCUAAGCGCAAUUUUCUGUUAUUAAAGCACUCUUUGACAGUUUAUGUAGGCGAUAUCAAUGUAAGUAUUUUGCCGUUUGUUUGUAUUUCGUUUAUCCCAGUUAAAUUAUAUUGUAUUCACGGCUUCAGUUUUAUGCAACCUAUAAGCUUGUUUAUGUCAAAUUAAAAAUCAGGGUUUGAAAAGA